AUGAAACAGAUAUGCCUGCUUCAUUAUUUCAAAUAACUGAGGUAGAACUAUAUUUAGAUACACCUAGUAUUGGUGUACCAACAUUUAUGGGUGUGGCAUUUAGACCCAAAAAUAUAUAAAUAGAUACACUUAUUAGAAUUGAAUUAGGAUUCUUAAGUUAUGAUUAAUUAAAUUGUUAAGUAUUUUAACUUGAAAUAGAUACAUUAAUGCCUUCAUUAUCAUUUUCACAUUAUUCAUAUGACUCUUAAAAUCUUUAUUUUUAUUCAAACAAAUACAAACCUGAUCAAAUUUAAUAUAAAUAUAGUGUCAAUUGCACUGGAAUAACAAUCUUAUAGACUACUAAUAAAAUAUUUAGAGUUGUAUAUGAAGAUUUAUAUCAUACAAUAAUUUAAUAUUUUCAAACCAGUUAACCACCAAGGUUACCUACUGAUGCUUAGACUUAAUAGGCUUCAUUAUAGAUUGUGAAAAAUAUAGAAUUGAUAUCCAAGAAAUUUAAUAAUCCUUUAGUUAGUAGUAUUAUAUAGAUCAAAAUUGUUCCUAUUUAUGGAAUUUAUCGAGUAUUAAUAGAAUUUCCAUAUUCUUAUACUACAACUGUAAUUAAAUGUGUAAUAAAUGAAACAUCUUCUGUAUUUUGUGAUUAAGAUUCUCUUAAUCCAAAAAGGUUGAUAAUUUAUUUAACAAAAUAUCAUGAUAGUGAAUUAAUUAAAGAUCCAUUUAAUCUCACUAUUUAUGGGAUGAUUAACCCAUACGAAUUAAAAUACAAUAGUCGAAUAUGUGUAAUUUUGGAUGAUGAUAAUAUAUUAACACCGUUACUGUUUGGGAAUGAAGAUAAUUUAAAUGGGAUAUCAUAAUUUGAAUAUCUUGAUGACUAUGUCAAUACCAAUAUUUACAAGCAAUUAUCAACUAGUGAUUUUAGAUUUUCGCAAUCUUAAGCUAGGGCUUAUGAUUAAUAUUUAAUUGGUAAUAUUACUUUUUCUAUGGGAAGUAUUAACGAAAUAAAUAAAUUAUAUUUGCGAAUAUCAGAUUAAUAUACAAUAUAUGAUUUAAAUUGUUAACUUAUAAAAUUAGGUGAUCAGCAAUUGAAUAAUUAUAUUAGUGCAUGCAAAUAAAAUUAAAAUUAUAUUGAGAUGGAUCUGAUUACAGAUACAGGCAAUAUUAGAUUUAGUCAACAAUAUUAUUUAAAUAUAUCAAAUUUCAGAACCUAAGAUUUAAUAUCAAUAGAAUAAUAUGCGGUUUUGUAACCUAUGAUUUAACUCUUCUUAGCAUAAGAUGAUAAUAUAAUUUCACUAGAAAAUUAAGUUAAUGGAUAAUUUGUAAUGAAAAAUUAAAAAAUACCAUUUUACUGGUACAAUCGAGAUGCAGAUGAUUAAUUUACUCGAUUAGAAGUGCAACCAGGAUUUGAGGAUACAAAGGCUUAUAAAAUAUAUCUGAAUCAUUUUGGACUUGAAAGAUUGUAUUUAGGUCUAGGAGAUGUUUCAGAUAGAUUCAAUUGUACAAUCAACUUAUAAUUACCAACAAUCCAUGAAGAUAUUAUCGUCUUUGGUUAGAGCAGUAAAUAUGCUAAACAAUCUUUUAGUAGUUAGGCUAUUACACAACCUAAAUACAUUGUCAAAUCAAUGACUGAUGAUACUUUCUAUGAAACAAUUAAGGAUACUGAAUUAAUAAUUAAUCCUGGAGAUAGUGGAUUCAUAUUCAAUAUUGCCUCAAAAUCAUUAAUUAAUAUCAAAAUUAGAGUUCAAAUAAAUUAUACUAUUUCAUUUCCUGAUCGUAAUUCAUGGAAUCCCAUUUAUUAUUAUAAUCCAUUUACUGAAAUUCCUGUCUUAUACUUAGAAAUUAUUAAUAAAGGUUGUGAACUAAUUCCUCAAAAGUCUACAUACGAUUUACCAGUAAAUGGUUAUACGCAUCCUAUAAUAAUCGAUGCAUCCGAAUGCAUACCUAUUGUUGAUACCAAACUGAAUGUUACUAUUCAAGAUAACAAUAAAUUAUAAUUAGUUCCUAUUUAAAUGAGUAUUUCAAGAUAUAGAUUUGAACUUAUUAAAAGAACAACUCGAAAGGCUCCUGAAUAUAGCUAUAUUUUUUAAAUCAAAGCCACCAAUGAAACUAUUGCAGGAAUUAUUACUUAAAUAUUAGUUAAUAACAUACCAAUCUCUAUAUCUGCAAUAUUAUAGUAUACAGAAUAACCCAAAGCAACUCCAUUGAAGGGAUUAUACAGUUAAAGCUCAAACACUAUUUCUUUAUCUAUGGCAUGUUCUUAACCUUCUGAAAUUUUACUUGUAAUUGGAAUUGAUGAAAUUACAGACGAAUCAUUCGAAAAAUUAAAAUCUAAUUCAAUUUCUAACGAACUCACAGGAGAUUAUGAUUUAUUUAAAUUAUAACCUGAAAAUUCAACCUUACAAUAGGAGAGCAGUUACCUUCUCAAAUACGAGAUACAACCUUCAAAUUUAAUCAUGGAUAUUUAUAAUAAUAGGAUUGGAAAUCAAAUUACUUAUAACGAUUAUGACAUUGUAAGCUAAGUAAAUUAGUCUCUAAUCAAAGACAAUUCUUAUAAAACAUUGAUGAAUUCUAUAAGGAGAAUGAUGAUUAAUAGGUUAAGUUUGCUUGACAAAACAAGUCAACUUCAUCUACAACGAAUCUAAUCUAAAUUAAAUUAUUUUGACACUGCAGUUACAUUCACUCUCUCCAAUAUGAAAUAUAAUACAAAAUAUUCUUUUGGGUAUUACUGUAAAAAUUUAAAUGGAAAUACAUCAGAAAUUUCAACAAACUUUCAAUAUAUAGCUAAUGAAACUUCAAUGAAUAAUAAAACAGUGAGUAAAAUGUUAUCAUUAAAAUUUAAGUAAAAAAUAUCCUCUUAGUAAGAAAAUACUAUUCUUUGUGCCUUAGCAUAAUAUUUAUCAAUUAACUAUUAUUAAGUGCUAUCUAGAGAAUGCAAAUAAUGUAGAUUUUCAAAUAUUCAUUAUGAUAAAAUAAAUUACACAUAAUAUUUACAAUUAAUUCAAGAUUUUGUUCCAUUUGAAAAUAGAUCUGCGACAGAAAAAUAAAAAUAUUUAGAUAAUUUGUAUACAAUGAAAAUUUAUUUUAAUAACUAUCCUUCCUCAAAUGGUUAAAACUUUGAUAUUACAUAAAAGAUUGACAAAUCAAUGAAUUUAACAAAUGAAACAAUGUUAAGUAUUAUUAAUGUCACAGAUGAUUUCUCACUUACCUUUAAUUAUGAAAGCUUUUUGUAUUAAGAAUUGAAACCAACAAAAAGAUCUAAUGUUGAAUUAGCAACAUAAUUAGUUCUACUAAAUUAUGAAUUCAAAACUAUUAGUUUGGAUAUUACAAUAAAGGCUAAUCAAGAUGUUCUUGGAAUUGUAGGAUUGCAUGUAUAAAUGUAAUUCAUAUUUUUAGAAAAUUGAACCAAUUUUUGAAAAUGUAAUUAAACAUCCUACUGGCAUCAUGCUUAGAAGAGGCAUUUUAAGUACUUUCAGCAAUAUAUCCGAAGGAGUCUAAUUUNUAUAUUUUUUAAAUCAAAGCCACCAAUGA